UCGUGCAGUGAUGAUGGUGACUGAAUCCUGCCCCUCCGGAGCCAGGGGGAGGAGGCCGGGCAGUGGGUCUUGGCAGCCCAGGCUUGUAGCCCCUCCUUCCCCCCAGCCUCUUCCUGCCUGCCCCGGCUUCCCCGGCUCUUGUACCAGUUUGGAUGGUGGGAUCUUUCUUUCCUCCCUGGCUGAGGGGCAGAGGUGCUGGUGGGACGGAGUUAGGGGCUUGCAUUACAGAUGUGAGCUGAUAGUUGAAAAGACGACUGACUACCCUUCCACUGAGUACUCCUUGGUGGAGGAUGUAGCACUCCACUUCACCUGUUUGAUGGACAGACUGAACGAGCAGCGCCUGUUUCAGCCAGACCUGUGCGACGUGGACAUCGUCCUGGUGCAGCAGAAGAGCAUCUUCCCUGCCCACAAAGGGGUCCUUGCCGCCUACAGCCAGUUCUUCCACUCCCUCUUCACCCAGAACAAGCAGCUGCAGCGGGUCGAGCUCUCGCUGGAGGCCCUCACCUCCCAGGGCUUCCAGCAGAUCCUCAACUUCAUCUACACCUCCAAGCUCCUGGUGAACUCCUGCAAUGUGCAGGACGUCUUGAAUGCCGCUGCCGUGCUGCAGAUGAAUAACAUCGCUUCCUCUUGCCAGGAUCUCAUCAACACCAGGUCCCUCAGCUUGGCCAUGGCCAGCGACAUGGCCCUGCCCCCGGACAGCUGCAGCAGCACUGUCCCCCCUCAGUACUAUUGCGAGAUCAAGCAAGAGGUGGAUUCCCCGCACCCCAAGAUCUACGCCCGGGAAGGGAAUGAUCCCUACUCUGUGCGCGUAGAGGACCGGGCUGGCAGUGGCAGCAACCAGCACCUCCCUGCCAUGCCCCCCAAGCAGUACUACAAGGAGGAGAAUGAUGGAGGCCCAGCUGCUGUUUGCAAGAUGGAGGGGGAGGACUCUGAGGAGGACCCAGACAGCCAGGGCUACAACCGGGAGCAGAUCAUUGUGGAGGUGAACCUCAACAACCAGACACUCAAUGUCUCCAAGGGGUUGGAAGGGAAACCGAGCCCCAGUGAAGCCGCUGCUGUGAUCAGCCGGCCCGAUGGGGAUGGGCGUGACACCGAGGAGGAUGGGGAGGAAGAGAACGAGGAAGGGGAGGAGGAGGAGGAAGAGGAGGAGGAUGCCGAAGUGGGGGAGGAGGAGGAAGAAGAGCAUAGUGAGGAGGAAGACUUGGAGGAAACCACAGAAGAAGAGGAGGAAGAGGACGACGAAGAGGAGGCGCCCGAAGUAAAAAGGGAAAAGACUGUGCCACCCCGCCGGGGGAGCAGGGCAUCCAAAGCCACCAAGCCGGCUGUGUCUGCCUCCUCCCAAGAGGUGACCAAAGUGGAAGACGAGGAGGAGGAAGAGGAGGAGGGCCAGCGCGGGAGGAAGAGGAAAAAGGAGCAGGACGGGCUGGGCCAGAAGGUCAAGCUGGAAGAGAAGCAACACUACCCCUGCAAGAAAUGCCCGCGGGUCUUCAACAACCGCUGGUACCUGGAGAAGCACAUGAACGUGACCCACAGCCGGAUGCAGAUUUGCGACAAGUGUGGCAAACGCUUCCUGCUGGAGAGCGAGCUGCUGCUGCACCACCAGACGGACUGUGAGAAGAACAUCCAGUGUGUGACCUGCGGGAAAGGGUUUAAGAAGCUCUGGUCGCUGCACGAACACAAUAAGAUCGUCCACGGCUAUGCCGAGAAGAAGUUCUCCUGCGAGAUCUGCGAGAAGAAAUUUUACACCAUGGCUCAUGUGCGGAAACACAUGGUCGCUCACACCAAGGACAUGCCUUUCACUUGCGAGACGUGCGGGAAGUCCUUCAAACGCAGCAUGUCCCUGAAAGUCCAUUCUCUUCAGCACUCUGGGGAAAAGCCUUUUAAAUGUGAGAAUUGCAACGAGCGGUUCCAGUACAAGUACCAGCUGCGCUCUCACAUGAGCAUCCACAUCGGACACAAGCAGUUCAUGUGCCAGUGGUGCGGGAAGGACUUCAACAUGAAGCAGUAUUUCGAUGAGCACAUGAAAACGCACACAGGCGAGAAGCCCUACAUCUGUGAGAUCUGCGGCAAGAGCUUCACCAGCCGUCCCAACAUGAAGCGCCACCGCCGGACGCACACGGGCGAGAAGCCGUACCCCUGCGACGUCUGCGGCCAGCGCUUCCGCUUCUCCAACAUGCUCAAGGCUCACAAGGAGAAGUGCUUCCGCGUCAGCAACCCCCUGGCUUCGGACACCAACAGCACUGGCGGCGGUGGCCUGGCCCUUCCCCAGAGCGCCGUCUCGCCUCACCUACCCUCGGGCGCCGGCAUCUCUCAUGCGACACAGCACCCUCAUUCGCUCUCCUUGCCGCUGCUUCACCCUCUCCCUCAGACCCUCCCUCCUCCUCCUCACCUACCGCCACCGCCUCCCCUCUUCCCAGCCGGGCGGAUCAACUCGAACAACAAUUAGGCCCUGCCCGUGGUGCAUGGGUGCACACAAACUGGUCUGCCCUUCGGCAAGUGCCCAGCAGGCAUUUCGUUCCCAUUGCUUGGGAUGGGAGGGAGGAGAAGGGGGCUCGUUCCCUCUCUUCCCCCACUCCUUCUUUCUCAUUGUUUUUCUUUUGAUUUAUGGGGGGGAUUUUUGCUUGUAAGCUUUCCACCGAGGGAACGGGCUCUCUGGGCCAGAGCUCAUGUAGCAGGAACAAGCUCCCAAGCAGCUUGGAGUGCACUAAAACUGGGGGGAAACAUGGUAUUUAAAUAACAGUGUAGACAAAAGGCCCUUUCUUCCCCUCCUCUUCUCCACGGUUUCAUCUGUUGUGCUUCCCAGCCCCACCUGUCCUCAUGCCCAGCUUGCUCUAGGGUUCUCCUGAGGUGACUUCCCUACGCAGCAGUGUUUAGUACCAGGGUGGCUUUGGCCCCUACCUAUUCUCAACCACAGCUGCUGCUUGUUUCCAUGCAUUUGUCCAUGUUCCCCGUCAUGAUAUUAGAUGAUCAGAGCUUUGGAUUUACAACGCACGCCCUCUCCGUCAAGCCGUUCCCACUCACUCCUCCUAGUAGUGGAUGUUUUCAAGUCUCCAUCUGGUUAACAGCCGUUUUAUCUUGUCCGAGAUCUGCAAAAGGGUUGGUAGCAAUCGCUCUCCAUUUUAAUACAGGGCUCUGUUUUAUUCUGAAGGGCUUUCAGCUGGGAAGAAUACUGCAUCCUGUGCCCUGUUGACUUCAUGGGCUGCCCCGAUUAACGAUUGCUACCAUACAGCCUUUGGCAGUAGCUGCUUAUAGGUGGAAGGCAUAUGAGACAGAUGCACAUGGGUGCAAAUGUGCAAGAGAAUUAGAAACACUUUGAGACCUGGUGAGGAACACGGGAGGCCUUUUUUUUUGCACUGGAGGGAGCUACGAAAAUAGGCACAAGGAAGGAAAUAGAUGCAGGUUACGCUGUGUGGUAGGGGGGGUCUCCAAGUGACAGGCUCUAAAAAUGGGGUACCAUUUAUUCACGUUUCAGAAAAGCUUCAUUGGUCAAAGUGGCAGUUUCUAGGUGUAAUAUAGGCAUGUUGUGUGCUGGAGGCAUUCUGCUCGUAGCACGGAGGAUCUUGGUGUGCGUUCAUCAUUUCAUGCAUGUGUCAGGGGCUCCUGGGCAUGGCUUUGCACUAACGCGGUCGGUAUAGAUGGGACGUUGCCAUUACCAGGAAUCCCAGGUGCCCACAACAGGGAUUACCUGUCUGAUGGCUUGUGGGCACACUUCACAAUGCACUGUUAUGCUUAACAAUAGCUGUUGAGGGAGCUGUUGCAUUUUAUCCUGCCUUCUUCCCACCCAUAGCCUGUGACACAUGCUCACAGUUUGGUAAUCUAAAGCACAAGCCCCAGACACACCUGCGUCCCGUGGAAGCAUUCGCUGGCUGUGGUUCAAAUACCAAUUCUUUGGAGGAGAGGAAACCACCUAGGCUAGGAAUUUGGGUAGUAUGAGUGUGUGUGUAUGUUUGGUUUUUUUUCCCAACCAGGGUGUGCAAAAUAGUUAGAUUCCCUACUGCCCAAAGCCAGCAAUGAGUCUUUAUAUGCAGGAGCUGAGCUGGAACUGUGUCCCCCAUCAAACAGUUGUACUCCACGUGAGCACUCGGUUCGCUUUUGGUUUUAAGACGGGUUAGAAGGUGGUUCCACCGGUCCCAGCCUAGUCCCACACAUCCUCCUAGUGCCUUAUGGUGGUGGACAAUAAAUCUAACGGGCUUGUAAGCUCCUGGCUGUAUGCGCAGGGCUCUGGGGGUCCUGAACUCUGCAAAUCAGACCUGCUAACCUGGAUCGUGCACUAAGCGAGGGCAAUAAUUUGACCCUCUCCGUUCUCUUCUGUGAGGUCUCCUGCCCCAAUUUGUUGCUCUCUUUGAAGAGUCCAGGUUAUUCCCUCCCCUUCAUGGCACCGAGUUGUUGUCUGUGCAGAGGGAGUAAGCUUCGCUGUCUGGCUCGCACGGCUAGUAUUCAGUUGCCUUAUUGCCACAGGCUUUCUUAUGGGAGAAGGAGCCUUAAGAAAAUGGACAUGCACCUUAUGAAAUAUUGAAAGCCCACGUGUACUUCCAGUUGGGUAGAAAGUUGGCAUUGGCAAGUAUAAUCCCCUACCCCUGGUGCUGUGUUGCUGUUUGAUGGAGGUGAGCCUCUUCUCCAUAACUGAGUGGCCUGUUGAGCUAAGAAGAGUUAGGGAGGCGUUUGGAACGUAACUUGAGUCAGUGGUAUUAGUUAGUGUUGGUGGCUCUGUGCGAUGCCUACGGUUUCUUCAUUCCUUUGCACAGACUGUGUUGAAAAGUCCCUGUUUGGCAUUUUGCUCAUUGAAGGAGUCUUUGGUGCAGGGGGCGCUCAGUCUGUGACCCGGAUGUCAUGCGACUUGCACUACAGCGAGCGCCUUAUAGUAGCUGGUUCAAGGAAGACCACUCAGGCCCUUUUUACAGUGGGCUUUUGCUAGCCCCCGAUGGUAGGAGAUGAGUUUUCUUCCUGCAAAGCCCUGUUUCACAGCAGCGGUGUUUACAUGGCAGCAAUGGUGUAACUACCGUACUGACGCUAUAGCUUCCCUCCUCUAGGCAAGGAGGAAGACGUCCGUGCAAACGCCCUCACUUCCCAUCGAUGGUAAGGAGGGACUUGGCUGCAUUAGGUUGUUGCAGGAGCUGCUUCAUCCCUUGCAGAGUGGCAAAAAACCAGCACCAGCCGCAGGGCACGGAUAUUGUUCUGCUGUUGAUCACUUCGUGGUGUGCAUCUAGGGUGCAGCAGCACUGGGCAGGGAGUGCUAGGCAUGAGGACGGAAGCCAGAUUCGUAGUGGUGAAGCGGUUGUGGUAGAGGUGGCCUUUGGGUAUGAGAGAGGGAGCCAGAAGGAGGAGGAAAGCACACGUGGCUGGCUACAGAAACCAUUCCCCAUUAGACUGUAAGGGCUUAAGUUGUGGCAUCUGUGUGCAGGUGUCUGAGCAGCAUCUGGUUUAGGAAGGAGCCCUGAUGCUCUUAUCUCUAUGGCUUCAGCUCAGAAAAGCAUCCAAGUGCAUGUGAAGCCUGUCUCUGUUCAGCGAGGCAUUACAUCUCAUGGAAGGCAGUGGGGUUUAACCAGAUGCUUAAAAGUUAAGCACAUGCUUCAGUGCCUUGCUAAAGGUGGGUAGGGUAGGAUGCUGUGUCAGAAGUAAAGGGACAAGGAGUCUGAUAUGUGGUGGAGCCCCUUCCUUUUGCAUUAAGGGGAUUUAAAUGACUGAUGACUUCCCUCUCACUUUAUACACCAGGUUCUGGUUUCUUGUCCUUAAAGCCCCAGCUUGUCUUUGGGUUCAGCAAUCUUUCAACCCCUUUCCCCCUCACCUCCCUCACAUCCACUGCAGCUUCUGUAUUGAAGUCAGUUAACAAGUUGCAGGGUCUGACUUCAUUCAUGCCAUGGAGAGAGGAAGGCCACUGCAAAAAUGGCUCUACCAUCCUUCUGCAGUAGGUCCCACUGCCCUGCUUUCCCGCCCCCAGCCCAAAUGUGCUGGGCUUGGUCAGGACCAUCCCUCAUCCCCUGUAAAUCACUUGUCUGCAGAAGGCUUCAUAGCUUGCGAGUCAGUUAGAAGGUCCUUGGGCACCUGGGUUUAUUGGUAAGAACCCAAUCCAUGCUACUGUGGCAGACGUUACCAUCAGAGGAUGGCUGGGUGGUGGUCUGUGCAGUAGAUGGUCUUAUUAAAGUGUCAAACCCACCUUCACCCUUGUCCAUCGUAUCCAGUCCUCAUAGGAACUCUAAGCAGAAGCCAAGGUAUGAAUGGGCACCUGUUUUCCCCAAUGCUGUCUAGGGUUGAGGCUGGUUGGCAGAGCAUCGCGAGAGCUUCACUCCCCCUCCUUUUGUACAGAGAACUUCGCUCCCCCCCAGAUUCAUUCGGCUGGCUCCUUUUCCCAAGAGUACGCCCACUCCUUCCCAUUCACUGGAGCUGACAAAGAAAAUGAUCCUUCCCCUAAAACCAGUCUUCCUGCCUGCCCCUGCACUGAGUCAGGGGCGUCCCUCUAAAGCCAGUGGAGUCAUGCUAUUAUCCAAUGCAUCACCGAAAGGCAGAUCUCAGCUGCUUGGAGCUGCCUGGCUGAGAUGCAGGUGUAGGGAUGAACCCCGCUCACAGCCAUUAGUCGGGGCAGAUUCACUGCAAGAGGCUGCCCAGAGAGCGGGUUCGAGACAGCAGAGCAUGGCAUGCACACAGCACUUUGAGAACCUGACGGCGCCCCCAGGCCAGGCCCAAGAUGCGUUUCCAGGAACCCCCCGGUCUCCGACCCCUUUUGUCUACACCUUUAUUAAGCCUAAAUGUGUCCUAGGGAUCGAUCUGUUUUGUUACCGUACUGAGAACUGAAGUGGAGCGGUUCCCCAAAUGUAUUGGCAUCGUCCCUGGUCAAACUCCCAUCAAAGCCUUUGGAGUUAGACAGGUGGGGAGGGGAACGGGCCCAUUGCGUUCAAGCGUUUUGUUGUUGUCGUUAUUAUUUUUUAACUCUUGCACCUUAACCCCCCUCACGUCCCUUCUUCAGCUGACCAAGAGCGCCGAGAGGGGCUUCAUUUCCAUUAGCCAUUAACGCACAUUCUGCAAAUGACCUUUCCGCAAGCAACCAUGCGCACGUGUCCCCACGUGUGCCUACACACCCUGUUUUUCCACCCUGCUUUUCUUUCAUUGCGUUGGGAAAGGGGAUUUUUUUUUUUGUUUUUUUUAAUUCCCCAGGAGUCUGGUAGCACAGACCAGUUUGCCUCGCGGCCUUCACGAAGCAGGGCUGGCCCCCUUGGACAACAGCCAUAACAGAAGCGCAGCAAGAAGACAGCGGAUCGACGGGUUGAAAACGGCUGUGACAGUGCAAUAGAGAUUGGCCUCGGCUGCUAGCAGCUCCACUGAUCAUGCUCUUGGUUUGGGAGCUGAGCCGAGAGACGGACCCUUGGCUCACGUGGACAGAAGCAGUGUUGCGGCAUGGCCCUGCCUAGUGACAUGUCAUUCACGGAGGGACGGCGCGAUUAGGACUGAAAAAAAAACAAAACAAAAAACCCCACCGUGGUAGCAUUGAACUUGAAGGAGACAAACAAAAUCCAAGCGCUCCACUUGCCUCAAAGUAGUUUCUAACGCCUGACGUUUGGCUGUGUAUUAUUUUAUGGCAUUCAGUAUCUGUUGCCCAAACAUGCCAAGUUUAAAAAAAAAAAAAAAAAAAAAAAAAAGAAAGAAAAAAAGGAAAAAAAACAAAAAAAAGAGUGUAUCGGUGGGUCUACUCGUGUGAACAAAAUAAAUGAAGCACUUUAUUCUGUAUAGUUAUGGGGGAAGGGAGGGAGGGAAGUGGAGUGAGUUUGGAUGCUUUUCGGAAGCAUCUUAAGUCAUGUUCUAGCAAAUGUAUUAUUACUACUUUUUUUUUUUUUUUUUAAUGACCAUGUGUAAUCAAUAUAUGUUUAUCUCAAGUCCAAUUACAGCAGU